AUGCUUGAGGUGGCCACGCUGCAAAGCCCUAAUCCGGCCGUCUUCAGCCUCGGCGACCACCACCAUGUCGAUGUCGGGUUCCCGGAGGCCACCGUGGAGGAGGACGACUUCCUGCUGGACUACAUCGACUUCAGCACGUGCGACAUGCCCUUCUUCCACGUCGACGACGGCGACGACAUCCUCCCCGACCUCGAGGUCGACCCGACCGAGCUCCUCGCCGAGUUCGCCGACGAGCCGGCGACGACUACGGUGCUGAGCCCGGCGGCAGAGCCGGCGCCAGACAGCUGCGAAACCCACCAUGGCGACGAGGCGAAGACGGCCGUGGAAACGGACCUACCGGCAGAGAUGGACAUGGAACUACCAGAAGGCAAGGGCGAGACGAAGGGUUUGAUGUCGUCGUCGGAAGAGAAAGAUGUGAAGCAGCAGCACGACAACAAGAACAACAACAACAACAACAACAACAUCGUGGGCGAUGAGGUUUGCAGCGCGGUGACGACGGACGAUUCUUCCGCUGCGGUCGGGUCUGAGAACAGCAAGUCGUCGGCGUCGGCAAAGGGGCACAGCAAGAUGACGUCGAAGCCCGCGUCGGCAGCCGCGGCGACCAAGAGCUCCCACGGCAGGCGGAAGGUGAAGGUGGACUGGACGCCGGAGUUGCACCGGCGGUUCGUGCAGGCGGUGGAGCAGCUGGGGCUGGACAAGGCGGUGCCGUCGCGGAUCCUGGAGCUCAUGGGCAACGAGUACCGCCUCACGCGCCACAACAUCGCCAGCCAUCUCCAGAAGUACAGGUCACACAGGAAGCACCUGAUGGCGAGGGAGGCGGAGGCGGCGAGCUGGACGCAGAAGCGGCAGAUGUACGCGGCGGCCGGCGGGCCGAGGAAGGACGCGGCGGCGGGAGGCGGCCCGUGGGUCGUGCCGACGGUCGGGUUCCCGCCCCCGGGGGCGAUGCCGCCGCACGCGGGGAUGGCGCACCACCCCGGCCAGCCGCCGCCGUUCUGCCGGCCGCUGCACGUGUGGGGCCAUCCCACCGGCGUCGACGCGACGCUGCCGCUGUCGCCGCCGUCCAUGCUGCCCGUCUGGCCGCGGCACCUGGCGCCGCCGCCGGCGUGGGCGCAGCAGCCGCCGGUGGACCCCGUCUACUGGCACCAGCAGUACAACGCUGCCAGGAAAUGGGGCCCGCAGGCAGUGACACAGUGCGUUCCGCCGCCGAUGCCUCCUGCGGCCAUGAUGCAGAGGUUUGCUGCGCCGCCGAUGCCGGGGAUGGUACCGCAUCCUAUGUACAGACCGAUCCCGCCUCCGCCGUCGCCGGUGCCGCAGAGCAAUAAGGUCGCCGGCCUGCAGCUUCAGCUCGACGCCCACCCGUCCAAGGAGAGCAUCGACGCAGCCAUCGGAGACGUUUUAGUGAAGCCAUGGCUGCCGCUUCCCCUGGGGCUCAAGCCCCCGUCGCUGGACAGCGUCAUGUCGGAGCUGCACAAGCAAGGCAUACCCAAGGUCCCGCCGGCGGCGACAACGAACUGCGGCGGCGCCGCCUGA